CUUAUCAUAAUUAACGAUUCUCGCGAUAAAUAAUUGGCAAUUAAUUAUGACUAUGUCAUAUGAAAUAAUUAAAGAAACUGUAAAAACGAUGUUAAAUUAAUCUUUUUUCUGUUCUGCUAUCCUUCAAGUGUGUUUCUAUGACCUAACUAAUUGCUAUCUUAAGCAACUCAAUGCUUCAAUUAACCAGUUAAUUCAAUUUAGCUUUCGCCUAAUUAAACACCCUAUUUCACCAUCUCUAACGAGAAUGAUCGGCUAAUUAAAAGGAUUUAAUCUCAAUUGGGUGACUAGAAUGUACAGUUUUUACAAUCAAUUUACUUAAGUACAAAUUAAUAAAUAUCCGCAGUCUAGUCAUUAGACACUUCGCCAUUGUUUAUUUUACGUUAUUCAUUCACCUUGACCAUUCCAAACAAUAACUUACGAGUUCGAUGGUUUUCAAAAAAAGCUAAGGGAUCCGUCAUAUAAAAAUACAAAACUGGCUUAAUUAGCGGAUACCAUCGCGACACGGAAAUAAGCCUUGGAAAUUGAUAAAACAAACGAUUUAACAAGCCGACGCGCAUUCCCCUCCAACGAUAAUCAACCGGUCAGCUACACCGUUGAUAAGCGAUAAUUCAAAAACAUAUUACGCAUAUAAUGUGUAUGUGGAACGUGUUAGAUGACAGUGAGUAAUGAGGCAGUCGAGCGUUAAUUACAAUGAGACCAGACUUUCAAUUGCGGGUCCAGGAGGAGGAGGAGGUCCUGCCAAUGCCUGAAAAGCCUGAAUGGCAGGAACUCUCCACGGAGGAUUCUUCAAUGUCUGGGCUCGUCGGAUCUUUACGUGGCUUGGAGGAUAAUAGUGGGAACACAGGGCAACCGUAUCGUAGGCACAGCCUCGCUUUAUCUCUCCACUCGAAUUUAGGCGCUUUUCCGCUUCCUAACAACCAAGAAGCUUCGCCUUUUCACGUCGUCGAUUCAGCACGAAGAAGAUUCAGUAAUGUCAGCGACGUUGUUUCCAGAAAGAUUUCUCAUACGAUUCGAUGGAGAACGGUUUCAGCUUCGAUCGAGCUCACAGUAUCACAGGGAUCGUCGUUAUGUGCUCAAUACAUCCGAAAUCGUUUAAAACGAUCUGGAAUUUUUCACCGAAAGCUGGGUCUGAAAAGAAUGAGAAGCGCCAUGUUGCUUCCUGGAGGUGCAGUCGUUGGCGAAGUUUAUCCAGAAUUAGUAUCAGUUGGAGCUGAACUGGAAAAGAUGCAUCCAAAUUUGUUCAAUCGUGUUGCACGACAAAUCGGUUGUGGUAGUUUCUCAUCAGAACAGUCUGCCAGCGAGGCCAUUGCCGAUAUCUCCAGGGAAAUGAUCAGGAAUGGAGAAAUGACUUGGAGCAAAGUGAUAGCCCUUUACGCGGUUGCUGGUGGUAUUGCCGUAGAUUGCGUACGUCAGGGUAAACCUGAGUAUUUACCUGCUAUACAGAGAGGUAUGACGGAUGUAUUAGAAGAAGACCUUGCAGCAUGGAUUCAAGCUAACGGUGGAUGGUCCGCUUUAGCAACACGAUACAGACCUGUUACAAAAGAAACAACGUGGUAUUCACGGAAACUUAUAUUUUUAUUUUUAUUCACCGUCUUGCUCAUUUUUAUGAUCUCUAUAUUUUUAAAAUUUGUAGUUUUAUAAUACAUAUAAUUAUGUAAUAUAAUUACAUAAAAAAGUGACUUAUACU